CAUUAGAAACCAGACCAGCCAAAAAAGGAUGCAAGAGCAAGCCCCAGAGCAGUUUCACUUCCUUCGGGUGCCCUGCAAAGCUGAGCCCGGUCCUGCGGCCUGAGUGCUGGAGCUGCGUUGCUGCGGAGAGCGAGGCCCCAGAGACCACCAGCGCGCGAACUUCAAGUCCGGAGAGCCGAGAGCUCUGCGGCACCAGUCUGCAGGCGCCUUGGCUUCAGCGACGCGAUGCUGCCCGCAGCCCCGGGAAGAGCGGGAGGGGGCCGGGAGCGGCCCCCCGGCGGCCCAGCGCCCCCAGAAAAUACAAAAGACAUCAUGAUGAUCUAUGAAGAAGAUGCUGAGGAAUGGGCUCUGUACUUGAGGGAAGUUUUCUCACACGUUGUGAAAAGGGAAGGAAUCCUGUUGCACCACCUGGAGAAUUGCCCUCUUCAGGAUUUGGAACUGCUGAAUUUAAACUCUUAUAAAUGCAAACUUUUGAUAUUAUCAAGUAGCCUGCUUGAAGACCUUACUCCAAAGAAAUGUCAGUUUCUGGAAAAGGUACUUUAUUCACCAGAAAGUGUGGUUAUCCUGCUGUGUGGGGUAACAAGUUCAGAUCAAUUCUACAAAUUAUUAAACAUCUCUGAGAGCAAAUGGGAGAUCUCAACUGAGCAGGGACCUGAAGAUUACAUCUCUGUAAUUGAGAGCAUCCUAUUCACAGGUUCUGAGGACUACCUUGAGUUCAAUAUUGCAACAGAUGUAAAAAGGGAACAUUCUGGGGGAGUAAGUGAGAAAAAUCAAGCUGAAGAAUUACCAGAAGUCUCAAGAAGCAGCACCCCCCUGGCACUGGUGCUCCCCACUGAAAUUCCCUGUGAGAAUCCUGGUGAAAUGUUUAUUAUUUUGAGAGAUGAAGUAAUUAGUGAUGCUGUGGAGGUUGAAUUUAUAUCAUAUAACAAACGUGUUAGAAUACGGCCAGCCCUUUGGAAUAAAACGGUCUGGUGCAUGAAAGCUUUAGAUUUCCCUGCCGGCUCCGUCAGUGUCAACGUCUACUGUGAUGGAACCGUGACGGCCACAGCGGAGAUUAAGUACUACACAACAGAAAAGGCUGGGGGAUGCCUAUCAGGAGCGGCGGGUUCAGGGGAUGGUGUGUGCUGGAAUGACAUGGAAGAACUUGAUGAUAUUCUCACAUCUGUAUUCAAACAAGAGAUACCCUAUUAUGAGUUCCGAUCUCUCCAAAGUGAAAUGUACCCUCAAAAAGAAUAUAGGAAUUUCAAAGAACUUCCAACUCUUCUCCACUGUGCAGCAAAAUUUGGCUUGAAGAACUUGGCUAUUCAUUUGCUUCAAUGUUCAGGAGCAACCUUGGCAUCUCAGAUGAAAAAUUCAGAGGGUUCAGAUCCAGCACAUAUUGCCGAAAGGCACGGCCACAAAGAACUCAAGAAAAUCUUUGAAGACUUCUCGAUUCAAGAAAUUAGUAGAAACAAUGAGCAACAACAUGACUAUGAAGAGCAUAUUACUUCACUUCCUGCACACUUUUCCACCAUACAGAACCCAGCAUUUCAUCUUGAAAGUGUGGAGACUUCUAGGCCGAGUGCUGAAGGAGCCGAGGCGAAUGAAACAGCAAAGGAAGAAAAAAAGAAUGAACCAGUCACGGAGACCAACUACGGCCUGCCCGAGGUUGAUGGUGGGAACUCUGAGGACCAGUAUGAUGACUUGUAUAUGUUCAUUCCUGGAGACGAUCCAGAAAUUAAUUCACAAGAGCCACUCGGGGAACACAGACCACCUCUCCCCCCACCACGACCUGUAGUCGCUGCCCUCCAACUGGAUAAACCUCACCUCACAUUACAAGGGAAAAUGUUGGAAGGCCAAAUGGAAAGAAGUCAAAAUUGGUGCAAUGCCAGUGCAAGACAGGAAAGAGGAGGUGAACCUGCAGGAGGACAGACAGAAGAUGAGAAGAAGCAGCAGGAGGAGGAGGAAGACCCAUACACUUUCGCUGAGAUAGAUGAUGGUGAAUAUGACAUGAUACUGGCCAAUAUGAGUACAAAGAAAAAAACUGGAGGCCGGUCUUUUAUUAUAAACAGACCGCCUGCGCCUGCGCCUAGACCCACAAAUAUCCCUCCAAAAGAGGAAACCACACCGUACAUAGCUCAAGUGUUUCAACAAAAGGCCGCCAGGAGACAGUCUGAUGGUGACAAGUUCCAGGGUCCCAGGAAACAAGACAGACCUCGGGUGGAGAGUCAAACCUAUUCCACUGUGAGGGGCUACCUGGCUGCCGGGCAGGAAGAACUCAUCCUCCUGCAGGAGAAAGUGAAGAGUGGGAAACUGUCUGUGGACCAAGCCCUUGAGAAAUUUAAACACUGGCAGAUGGGAAAGACUGGCCUGGAAAUGAUUCAGCAGGAAAAACUGCGCCAACUAAGAGAUACCAUUAUUGGGAGGAGGCCAGAAGAAGAAAAUGUCUAUGACAGGCUCACCAUAGUACACCAUCCGAAUGGUAAUGAAAGUGUUCACAAUGAAAAUAUUACAUACAGCAUACCUUUCGGCAAUAAGCAUCCUGCUCGACUCCAAGUUGAGAAAGAAUUUGGUUUCUGUUACAGAAAAGAUCACUAAGGAAGAGAGAAGUCUACAAAAAUUAUUUGAAAAAAAGUGAACUUGUGUAAUAGGACAAAAGUCCCAUUUCAAGCCCUCUUGGCCAGAGCUAGCUGGACUCCAGAAAGCGUGACUGACUCUUCUUCUAUGAGCCUUUAUCCUCAAGACUAGAAAAUUACUGGAAGUCCCCUGAAGGUGCAGAGGCGCCGAGGAACUUACAAUACAGGACGUGCCAGACCACAGUUACUGGACCCUGCACCCGACAAUGACAUCCAGACAAGCUGCAGCCUGAACAAGACCAACCGGAACAUCCUGCUCUACAACCACCACAGUCACCUCAUAAAAGUUCAAAGUCCCCCCGCUCAGGGCUGGUGUAUCUCCACAAGCCCCUCUGCCCUCUUGGAAAAUGAACUAAAAGAUUUUAUUCCCUGUA